AUGGCCAUGACCGAAAAGCAAGGUUUCCCUCGGCUUCGUUUUUUUACUUCUGACUACUGCCCUUUCGCGCAGCGAGCUCGUAUAGCUCUAGAGUGGUUCAAGAUUCCAUUCGAGUUGAUUGAAGCCAUUACUUUCUCCGAGGGUGGUUCGGAGUACGACAAGCAUCCUCUACUGCUUGAGAAGAAUCCCAAAGGCCUUAUCCCAACGCUGCUCGUCAACUGGCCUGAUGGACGCGAAGAAGUCGUCACCGAGUCUCUCGUUGUGGUGGAGUAUAUAGACAAUUUGGCUGCCAAGUUCGGCUUCCCCGGAGAACCUUUGCUACCUCGGGAUGACCCCACGGAGAGGCAACGUCUCCUCGAGAGGGCUACCUUCUAUAACAAGAACAUCACCUCACCAUUUUACGCGGUCCUAAUGCGGGGUGAUAAAGCCGAGUUCGACAAGAUGGUUGCUGGCGCCGAGAAGUUCAUCUCGGAGAUGAGAGGGCCUUUCUUCAACGGCUCAGCGAUUAGUAUUGUCGAUAUCGCUGCUUAUCCUUGGAUACUGAGAUCGUUCCUCCUGGGCUAUUAUAGAGGUCCAGCAUUCACUUUCGAUCGAUCGUCGCUGCCGCAGCUCGCCAAGCUAUUCGAGUGGUAUGACCGAAUGUCGGCAGUCGAUGUCGUCAAGGCCACCAUCAUGGCCGAUCACUAUUAUAUCAAGGCGUAUAAGAAGUAUGUCUCUGAGUAGACCUUCUCGAAAGCAAGUGAGAGACGUCGCAACCCUCCCCCAUCCUCAGUGGAUGCUGUCGCGAUUCGCCAGGGGUGUGGUUGCUUGUCUCCCCCUUGGUUUGGAAUGGGUUCAAUACAUGGAGAGCCAGUUCAUUCUAUUUAGGGAGUACUUUGUUGUACUUGUCUAUUCUUUCAACCUAAAUGGUAACGAGUUUUUUCAUCUC